CAUGUGUUCAUCUCUGACUUCCCCUCUGGUCUGUGUGGUCGAAGUUUCAUCUGAAGCUCAGUCGUGUUUCCGCUCACUGUAAGAGAUGCUUGAAUAAUACAGUUUAAAACAUGGUAUAGAAGAUAUUCAUCUGAAUCAGACGAUGAAGAUCUUACAACUUCAGAUCUAUCUGUUGAUGUGGUCUCAAGUCACAGAGAGUCUAACAAACAUAGCGGUAACUUCAGGAGCUGAUGUGAAUAUAACCUGUAAUCUUGAUAUAGAGGAGAUUUACUGGUACAAACAGAAAUCACCAGAUCCUCCAGUGUUAAUCUUACGCACUUAUGAUAGCACGUAUGAAGAAGCAAAAUAUGAAAACAGCAUCUUCACACACAAAUACUCAGUGAAAACUAACAGUCGUCUGUUCAUCAGAAAUAUCAGCACUGAUGAAUUAGGAGUUUAUUAUUGUGUCAAAACUAGUGAACCACAAACAUUCAGCAACGGCACCAAAAUCUACAUCAGCGACUCUGACCAGAGGAAUCAGACUUCAAAAUUAGAGCCACAUGAUGCUUCACAAUAUAAUAAAUCGUGGAGAAAUCUGAUCAUCAUCAUCAUCUCAUCUGCCCUGCUCAAUGUGCUUUUGAUCAUCACUUUAAUAGCUUUGGUGAUUCGCUACCUUCAUGCAACUAGAAAAUGUACAAAUAUUUCAAACAACCCUCAAACCACCACGGCAGCAGAAACACAGUAUGCUGCAAUUGAUUAUCCCAUCCGCCCCAGAGAAAGCAGGCCUUGCCAGGACCAGACCACCUAUUCUCUUUUACAGCCAAUGAAAAAGAAGUAGUUUAAAACUUAGUAUGUUUGAUAAAUAUACUUUAGAUAUUAAAAAUGUGUAUUAAAGUUUAACAUUUCUGUAAUUCAGUUUGCAGAAUUUCAUACUUUCAAUGACUUCAGUGGUAUAUUAUUUUAAAAAAAUGUUUAAGAUAAUAAAAAUGUAACUGUAUCUACAUAUUUAAUAUUUAGAAGAGAGAUAUUGAAGAGAAUAUAUUUUUGAAUCAAAUUUUUUUUGAAUCCUGGACCAGCACAUGACCAGCAUAAACCAGCUAAAACCAGCUAAAAACAGCAUACCAGCACCAAAACCUAACCAGCAUAU